AUGAUCUCUUGCUUAUUCCCGCGGAAAAAGCCAUCUUCAAAGCAGGACGGAUGCAAGCUGUGGUCAUGUGAGAAUCCCAACGAGGCAGCAACUCUCCUGAGGUCGAUUGGUUUGAACAAACUGGCGUCUAUCGCACUUUCCUGCCAACUUGACGGUCCAGCAUUGGCGAGCGUACUCGACAAUUUGCAACCGAGACUUUUCUCCGGAGACGAUCAGGGUUUGAGUGCUCCUAGCUCUGUGAACAGCACAGACAAUGAGGAGAGGACGAAGAAUCCUCCUUCCAUGCGUGAGUCCUCUAGUUGGCUCAGCCAGACCUUGAAGCAGAAUGGUGAAUCAGCGGAAGACAAAGCGAAUUCAAAAAGCAAUCUCCGUAACGAGAUGACCUCUGCAGAUGAGACGUCGACGCUUGCAUCACAAGUGGCUGAAGAUGGUUCUAGUCCGCAUGAGGAGAAGAAGUCGAGUGAAAGAUCGACUCAUUCGCUCAACCCCAACGAUCCUAGCAGUCCGCCAGAGAGCAGCAAACAGGCCCUUCUGCCGACUUCUCCAUCUCGUUCCAAGUCAAAGAGCAUGAAGACGAUAAAAUCAGACAUCCAAAAUUGCUUGCCCUGUCAGAGAGAUGCUACAGGAACUGGAUCAGGUGUUGCUGAGGUGAAACAAGAUUACAAAGAGAGCUUGCAGACAGCGGGGGCUAUGAGAGUGAAGUCGCGGAGAUCAACUCUUCCAAUGGCGAAGCCUCAUGCCCCUCGAUCAGAUUUUGAUUGUUUGAAGGAACCGUUCUACUCUUCUCACAGGCGAUUCCAGGAAAACGAGAAAUUUUUGCCAAUCGAAGAAGAUGAUGUGGAUGGAUCUCAACCUCUGCCGUCGAAGCAUGAUUCGCUGCUGAAGCUUCUGUCUGAGAAUGGUGCGGAACAAACGCAGGCGCCAUCCAAGUGCAUCAACGGAAUGAAGGGGAACGAGCGACCAAACAAUCGUUCCAGAAAAUCGUCGGGCAAGAAACAUGCUCCUAUUUCUGAGAAGGCUUUAAACGGAGGCAUCCGGCAGAUAAGUUCAGAAGUUCAUAAACCCCUCCGCUCAGAAGUCGACUCGGCAUCGAAGCAGCAGAUGAAUCAGAAAGAUCCCAAACCUUCGACGAGCGACAAGAAGCAGCCUAUGUUGAAUGGCCAGAGUCAAUUGGAUCCAAACGGAGCUGACAGGGCCCAUGUCAAGACAUCAAGUCCAAUCAAGGGAGGAAACGGGUUGACUAAGCUCCUGACGAUGGCACGACUAUCAGAAUCAUCCUCGUUCCAUGAGUCAAGUCAGAACUCGCCUGCACAGGGUGAUGAGCACCCAACAUCUCCCCAAGCAGUGAACCUCUCAGACCUCCAUCCUUUCUUUGCCGAGAUGGAUUUGAUCAGGAAGACGGAGAUCGCCUCCAAGGUCCAAGUCCCCAAGUUGUGGGCGGAAGGCUCGACGCCGCGGUCUCACAUGGACUGCUCUAUCAAGAUCAACUACAGUCAGCUUGACGGGGAGCAGAGCGAUCGGAGCCUGACCUCGCAGGGAUACACUUCGAGCGAAGUAUGCUCGGUAACCUCAUAA